GGAGGGCGAGCGCGGGGUCCCGGGCCGCAGAGGAAGAUGGCGCCGCUGAGGGUCUGCGCCGGCCCGCGAGUUCUCCCGCGGCUGCUGCCGCUGCUGCCGCUGCUGCUGCUGGCGCUCGGGCCGCGGCCCGCGGGGAGCCACGGCGGGAAGUACUCGCGGGAGAAGAACGAGCCGCAGCCCGCGGCGCCGCGCGAGCCGGGGCCCGAGUUCCGCAUGGAGAAGCUGAACCAGCUGUGGGAGAAGGCCCGGCGGCUCUCCCUGUCGCCCGUGAAGCUGGCCGAGUUCCACGCUGACCUCAAGAUACAAGAAAGGGAUGAACUCAACUGGAAGAAGCUGAAGGUCGAAGGCUUGGACGAGGACGGGGAGAAGGAGGCGAGGCUGGCGCACAACCUGAACGUCAUCCUGGCCAGGUACGGGCUGGACGGCAGGCGGGACGCCCAGGCGGUGCGCAGCAACGCCGUGGAGGACGGCGCCCCGGACGAGGGGCUGGACGACCCCCAGCUGGAGAAGCUGUGGCACAAGGCCAAGACCUCGGGGAAGUUCUCCCGUGAGGAGCUGGACAGGCUGUGGCGGGAGUUCCUGCACCACAAACACAAAGUCCAGGAGUACAACAUGCUGCUGGGCACGCUGAGCCGGGCCGAAGAGCUCCAGGAGAACGUCAUCAGCGCCGCGGACAUGAGCCAGGCGCAGGGCGAGGCGCUGCAGAGCAGGCACCGCGAGCUGAAAGACGGCAUGCGCAGCAUCAGCCAGGGCCUGGAGCGGCUGCGCAGGGUCAGCCUCCAGGGCUACGGCGCCGAGGCCGAGUUCGAGGAGCCCCGGGUGAUGGACCUGUGGGACCUGGCGCAGUCCGCCAACCUCACCCAGAAGGAGCUGGAGUCGCUGCGGGAGGAGCUCAAGCACUUCGAAGCCCGGGUGGAGAAGCACAGCCACUACCAGCAGCAGCUGCAGCUGGCGCAGGAGAAGCUGCAGCACGCGGAGCGCCUGGGCGACGAGGCACACGUGCGCCGGAGCCAGGAGAGGCACGCGCUGCUGCAGGAGAGGACCAAGGAGCUGGGCUACAAGGUGAAGAAGCACUUGCAGGACCUGUCGGGCAGGAUCUCGCGAGCUCGGCACAACGAGCUCUGAGGGCGGCGGCGGCCGGUCCCCGGCAGGCACUCGCCGCGGUGCCCCCGGAGGAUGCACCUCGCACCCGAUCCCCUGGACAGUGGCUUCCUCCCGCGCCCCCGAGAGGACCUUCCCGGGCACCGGACAGUGUGUGUGUGAGAUGUCUCUGCCCCUGGAGACGCCGGGUACAGCAGCCUAGAAAUACACCAGCGCCUGGACCUCA